AUGUGUGAAAAAGGCUUCGUGAAAGCAAAUAGUAGUAAUUUGCCGCAAAUCGACAUGUUUACAGUGUUAACGUUUCUUAGAGAUGAUGAUCGUUUCAAUGCUCCAGAAAUACGUUCUACCAAAGCUUUAUUGAACUGUCGUGAAAACUACGGAGAUAUAGCUAUAGGUUAUGUUCAACUAAAACGUGAAGGAGAUCUCUGCAUCGUAAAAUGUCGAGUAUGCCCUGAACAUAAGGUUCGAAGCAAAUCAUAUUCAACAACAUUAAUCAUUAAUGAAGCAACAGAGAAAAUCAUAGACGUUCAGUGUCAUGAUUGUGCAGCGGCAACAGGUGGAUGUAAACAUGCUUUGGCAGUUCUCAUGUGGGUACAUCGAAGGAGCGAAGACCCGGCGCCUACAGAAAUAGCAUGCUAUUGGAAAAAAUCUCGUUUAUCAAGUGUAGGCACGGUACUCAAAUAUAUCGAAGUCAAGGAUUUGGGCAUUCAGAAAAUAUUAAAACUAAAACAAACAUCCAUUCCCGAUAAUAGCACCUUUCAACACGACGUUUUACAAUUGGCAGAAAGUAAACAAAUUGAUUGUCAAAUUUCACGACUACAUAUUGAUUUAAAAUGUCUGAAAACAAAUUAUUUAUCGUUGCACAGACUUCUUUUAAAAUUUCAUUUAAAUGGAGGUCUACUGUCAGAGGAUUUUCUUACUUUUGCCAGUUCCGAGAUGACUCAAGUCUUAUGCGAUGAAGCUGAACGGUUGACACAAAAACAGAGUGAUUGUCCACUGUGGUACGAACUCCGAUAUGGGAGGAUUACAGCUUCUAAAUUGUACGAAGCAGCACAUUGUACAACAGAUAGUGGAUCGUUUGUUAAACAGAUAACAGGAGCGAGUAAAAUACAUGAAACAAGUGCAAUGUUACGAGGAAAGAACUUGGAAAAACUAGUUCUGUCAGAAGUAGAGCGCGAACUAGGUACACAAAUAAGGAGUGCUGGAUUGUAUCUAUUGCCAAAUUAUCCAGCUCUCGGUGCAUCACCUGAUGGUAUAACCAACGAAUACAUCGUAGAAAUAAAAUGUCCUUCAAAUAAAAAAACAUUGGAAAAUUUCUUGUCGAAAGAUAAAAUUAUCAAUCCUAAGUACAUAGCACAGAUGCACUUACAAAUGUUAGCUACAGGAAGGAAAAAAGGAUUAUUUUGUGUGGCUGAUUCGGCUUUUGAAAGUACGAAAACAGUACAAAUGCAAUGGCUUACAUACGAUUCAGAAGUAGCACAGGAUUUAAUCGAAAAGGCAAUGCUGUUUUGGAAAAAAAAUAUAUUUCCAUUGCUAUUAUCUUCUGUACAGAAAUAA